UCUAAUUUUGAAAAAUACUACAUUGAGUGGGUAUAGACGUUCAAGCAUCGUCCAUCUAUCAACAUCAACAUUUUCUGGAACUCACAUCAAAAUGAUGAAAAUCACACUUUUCGCACUUGCUGCUCUGGCGUUAGUGUUGGCGCAGGAAGAUCCGACUAAAGCUCCAGUCGAGAUUGUGAAACAGGACUCUGAAGUUGAUGUUAAUGGUUACAAUUUCGAAUUUGAAACAAGCGACGGCACAUCCAGACAAGAGCAGGGAGACUACAAGAACGACACAGAACAACAAGGUCUGUCCGUAAAGGGAAGUUAUAGAUACAUCGCUCCUGACGGCCAACAUAUUCAAGUCACCUACGUCGCCGACAAGAACGGUUACCAACCCACCGAGGAGAAGACAACCGAACCCUCACAAUCUUGAAUUAAACUACCUUAAGCCACUAUUGCUAAAACCAAAUACAUAUAAGAAUAUAAGCUAUAUUAACAUGUAAUGGAAAUAUUACCAUAAUGUACAAAGAC